ACCUCCCUCUCUCUCUUUGUGUGUUAUCGAUCUCUCCAUGUUGCUGACAGAAGAUCAAAUUGGAGUUCUCGAAGAUUUGUGAUUAACGAUGGCUUUCAGAAGCUUACACCAGAUUGGAGCUCUCUAUCGUACAGCCCAGAUCGCAGAAUCCUCCCAUCUGCUUGGAAGCUCAAGAAACUAUGCAACUGGUAUUUCAAAUGUCCCGGAAUCUUCCUUCGAGUCAGGGAGUUCCAUGACUUUGCGUUCUGCAAUGGCUGUUGAGUUGCCGCUUUUCUCGAGUGACACAAGGUCGCUAUCAACACAAGUAAAAGCCCCUGCACAAGCAAGACAAAUGAUGGUUCACAAGAAGGGGGUGGAAAAGAACAAAAGAAGACACAAUUAUAGAGAUAAAUACUCUAAUGGCAAAUGGGGACAAAAAUUCUUUAAGGAAAGCAGUUACAGAGAGAAUGUUUUCGGAACUCAAGAAUGAAAUAAAACAAAGAGACUCAAUAUGGAGUAAGGUUUUCUGGGAAAUGGUGGAACAAGUUGUAAAAAUACGAACUUUGCGAGCACGACUGGUAAGUGUCUGUCUGAUUAAUAUAGAUUGUGAUUUAUGCUAUGCAAACACUUCACCAUAACGGAAAAUGGGAUUUACUCAUGUUGAGAUUAUUUGGCUGAAUUCUUGAUGCUGACCGUUUCGUUUUAACUUUUAACUGCUUAGGUUGAAGAAACUUUUUCAUUUUUAUGCUUUUAUGUAUAA